UGGGCGAAGCCGUCAUGGCGGGAAGCGGAGAGGAGUCACGGUACUCGCGGCAGCUGUACGUGCUGGGCGGCGGUGCGAAGCGGCUCCCCGAGGCGGCGGUGCUGGUGUCGGGGCUGCGCGGGACCGGAGCGCAGGUGGCCACGGCGCUGGUGCUGGCGGGGACCGGGCUUGUCGUCUUGCACGACCGCGGUGCUGCCUGCACCGCCGACCGCACCCACCAGUUCCUCCUGGGGGAGAGCGAUCUGGGCCAGAACCGUGCUGAGGCAUCCCAGCGGGCCCUGGCUGAGCUGAACCCCCGUGUAGUGGUCAAGGCUCACACUGGGGAGCUGUCGGAGGCCUUCCUUGCCUCCUUCCAGGUGGUGGUGUUGACUGAGUCGCCACUGGAGGAGCAGCUCCGCAUCGGGGACUUCUGCCAUGCCCAGGACAUCUGCUUCAUCGUGGCUGACACCAAGGGGCUGGCGGGGCAGCUGUUCUGUGACUUCGGGGAGCACUUUGUCGUUGAUGACCCAGCAGAAGGGGACCCAGUGUGUGCUGCUGUGCAGCAYAUCUCCCAGGGCAAUCCAGGAGUGGUCACAUGCAUGGGGACAGAAGACAGCCGUGGCCACCUCUUUCGUGACGGUGACCUGGUGACAUUUUCUGGAGUGCAGGGRAUGACAGAGCUGAACACCCAGAAGCCCAUCCCUGUCCAUGUGCUGGAUGACUUCCGACUGGAGAUUGGUGACACCAGCUCCUUCUCGCCCUACCGCUGUGGGGGCUUGGUUUUGCAGGUGCGGCGGUCCCAGGAGUGUUCCCAUGAGCCCCUGUGCCAGGCACUGGAAAAGCCCAAAAUCCAAUAUCCCGAGGAACUGCCACGCGGCCGCAGCCUGCACGCUGCCUUCCAGGCCCUUCACGCUUUCCGCAGGGAGAAGGGCCGCCUGCCCCGGCCCAGGGCUCCGGCGGAUGCCGAGCGGGUGUUGGAGCUGGCGCGGAGCCUGGGAGGGCAGCAGGGUCCCCUGGACGAGGACACCGUGCGCGCCUUCGCCAGUGUGAGCGCGGGGGACCUGUGCCCCAUGGCCGCCGUCGUCGGGGCAAUGGCGGCCCAGGAGGUGCUGAAGGCCAUCACUGGGAAGUUGCUGCCCCUGGACCAGUGGCUGUACUUCGACGCCCUGGAGUGCCUGGCGCUGGCGGGGGCCGCGCAGCUGACAGAGACGGACUGCGCCCCGAGAGGCUCUCGCUACGAUGGCCAGAUUGCUGUCUUCGGGGCCGAUUUCCAGGAGAAGCUGGGCCACCAGAAGUACCUGGUGGUGGGAGCUGGUGCCAUCGGCUGUGAGCUGCUGAAAAACUUUGCCAUGAUGGGGUUGGCAACGGGACCGGAUGGGGAGCUCAUUGUCACUGACAUGGACACGGUUGCCCUCUCCAAUCUCCAUCGGCAGUUUCUCUACCGCUCAGCAGAUAUAUCGGAGCCGAAGUCGGUGGUGGCCGCAGCAGCUGUGCAGUGCAUGAACCCUGAUGUCAGGGUGACAGCUCACCAGAACCAGGUGGGACCUGCCACUGAGACGCUCUACGGGGACAACUUCUUCCGGCGCCUGGAUGGUGUCGCCAGCGCCCUGGACACACUAGAGGCCCGCACCUAUUUGGAGAGCCGCUGUCGCCGCUGCCGCACACCGCUGCUGGACUCGGGCACGGAGGGGACGCAGGGGAAUGUGCUGGCCAUGGUACCCCCCGUGACCAAGCCUCUGGGGCCGGCCGGCUCCCRCAGGGAUGGCACCUUCCCCCUCUGCACCCUGCGGUACUUCCCCCGCACCAUCCAGCACACACUGCAGUGGGCCCGUGAUGAGUUUGAGGGGCUUUUCCAGCUGCCUGCAGAACAAGUCAACCGGUUCAUGGAGGAUCCAGCUUUCCUGGAGCAGCUGCCAUCGGGGAAGGUCCUGGAGCAGGUGCGGGACAGCCUGCGGGAGCGGCCGCGGGACUGGCGGGACUGUGUGCGCUGGGCACGCCGGCGCUGGCAGAGCCAAUACCACGAUCUCAUCGCCCAGCUGCUGCACACCUACCCCCCGGAGCAUGUGAGCCCAGCCCCCACCGGGCUGGCACCCCCUGYACCCUCUUUCCUCCACCGACUGCCUCGCUGCAGCCUGGGGUAUGCAUCCCUGGGCCUGACUCUUCUCUCCCUGUGCCAGGAARCCAGCCCCGGUGUCCCCUUCUGGACAGGGGACAGGAGCUGUCCCCAUCCACUGACAUUCAACCCUGACAAUGACACCCACCUGGACUAUGUCCUGGCUGCUGCCCACCUCUUUGCUCGAGCACACAGGGUACCACCAUGCAGUGACCGGGUGGCUGUCCAGACCAUCCUCCGCGAUGUGGUCCUGCCACCCUUUGCAAGCCAGGAAGGGCUCCAGAUCCCUCUCACAGAGGAACCCACGGAAGAGGCACAGGUCCCCACAGAUCACAAGCAGCUGGCAGAGCUUACCCAGGACCUGCUGCAGUGGAGACAGGAGCUGGUGGGGGGUGAGGAGGCACAAGCACCCCUGAUGGAGCCCAUCCACUUUGACAAGGAUAACGAUAUCCACAUAGACUUUAUCACGGCAGCAUCCAACCUGCGUGCAGAGAACUAUGGCAUCCCCCCUGCCGACAGGCUGACGAGCAAGCGCAUUGCUGGGCGGAUUGUGCCUGCCAUCAUCACCACCACGGCGGCCGUGGCUGGGCUGGCRUGCCUGGAGCUCUACAAGCUGGUGUGGGGGUGCCAGGACCUCAGCUGCUACCGCAACAGCAACAUCAGCUUGUCCAACUGCCUGCUGGACCGUGUUCAGCCCCUGCCACCCCCCACCUACCGGUACGGCGGGCGGGAGUGGAGCUGCUGGGACCGGCUGGAGAUGAAGGCAGUCGGYGCAGGCGGGCAGGCAAAGACGGUGCAGGAGGUGCUGGACUGGCUGCAGAGGACACACGGCUGGACCGUGACUAUGCUCCUGUGUGGUGACACUGUGCUCUAUGACAGUAAGGCGGAUGAAGAGACACGAGCCCGGCAACAGGCACAGAGGUUAUUGGAGAGCUUGGAGGAUGCAGUAAUGCCGCUGCAGCAGGACCUGGAGCUGCUGUACGUGUGUGAGGGAGAGGAUGCUGAGGCUGAWGAUACCGGUCCCCCUCUCCUGUGUUCCCUACGCUGAGCCAAGAGCCAGCACCCCAUGAAAUAAAAGCUGCAGGCUGCAUUGGCCCUCGUUGCACAAACCCCCUGCAGAGUCAGGGCAC